CACAGAUCAUGAUUGCACGGUGUCUGGCCCGGCGGCCGGGUGCCAUUCCGUCUGCGGCUGGGGCUUGGAGGAGAAUACCGUCGCUCGCCCGCAGCAAAUACACAGUCCCGGCGCUGGACAACCAUGCGGAACUGGAGAAAGAGGGCAUCCCGCCGUUGCUCUCGCCCCGGGGGUUCAAGACGGCAUAUACCGACUACCAGCAGCACAUGACUGACGAAUUGAACACCAUGACUGACGGCCAAGGAUACGAGAACCAAGAAGCAAAGUCGCUCGUCAUAGAAUUCGCCCGCGACCCCACCAAGGCGUACGCCUUCAAUGUCGCCAGCAUGGCCUUCAACAACCACUUCUUCUUCCGCGGGCUCAACACCAACCCACACGUGCAGUCGCGGCCGUCGACCGACCUGCAGGUGCAAAUCAACAAGGACUUUUCGUCCAUGGACACACUGCGCGAGACGUUCCUGGCAACGGCCGAGGCCAUGUUCGGCCCUGGCUUCGUCUGGCUGGUGCAGACGGACAACACAGCCUUUGGCAGUCUGCGCAUCCUGCCGACCUACCUGGCCGGAUCACCGCUGUCGGGCGCCCACUACAGGCGGCAGUCGCACGACCUCAACACACACAAUGCAGACUCGUACCAAGCGCUGAACACGGUGGGCGCGUUUGGGGCUGCGGCCAAGCAAAAUCAAGGGCCCAAGAAGCCGUUGGGCGGCGUGGACGUGGUGCCGCUGCUGUGCGUCAACACGUGGGAGCAUGUCUGGUUGCAGGACUACGGCGUCCGAGGAAAGAGAGAGUUCCUCGAGAGGUGGUGGAACCAGAUUAACUGGGACACGGUGGCGCAGUUCGCAACGCUGUCGCCGAGACCGGGCCAGGGCAGGCAGUGGAACUUUGAGGGCUUUGCCAGCUAACCAAGCCACUGUAUUCUGCGUGUAGAAAUAUGUGUACAAGACAUGUUGCAACACAGCGCCGAAAAGAGCGGUGUUGCGUACAGGGAAUAUGGACAAGCCAUGCUCGCCAACGU